AUCCCUCUCCCCAACCCAGCUGUUCCUCAGUCUAAAUAAUGUAGUCCUCACCAGAAUACGGUCGAGAUGUAAGCCUUUAGGGAAAAUAACAAUCAACACAGCUAGUUCCGCUAUAAAUUUCUCAAUUACUAAAUCAGAUACGAGUUUCGUGUUGAAACCUUCAAAUCUAACACAUUUCGCACAAAAUAUCACGCAUUCUAACCAACAAACCACGGCACGUCGCUAUUUUAAACCAGUGAUUUAACCUCUGAUAAACAACUCCAACUCCUUUAAAUAUUCCACUGAAAAUCUUGACUUUAGACACAAAUAAAAACUAACCCAAACCCCCAUGUGAACCACAACGUAGCUAACCUAUCAUACCAACAUGAAACGAUCAAACAAAUCAGAUUGUAAGCGGGAGAGUGAUUGAAAUCUGAGUUAGUGGUGUGACAAUAAUUGAUAUUUCUGACAGCGAUUGUCACAAUGAAUUCCAAGCAGAUAUUUCAUCAAGUGGUGAAGAAGAUCAUGAAAAUGGCCAGUGAGUAUGUGAGAGAAUACCAGCACAAGUUCUAUUUUGAAAAGCCAAAGCGAGACUAUGUUUAGACACCGCCCACACCCACCACCUUUCUCAUGGGACUGCAGCCUGCUAGAAGUCAACCCUGAGGUUGACGAUGAGGCCCACCUUCUCGACAGGCCGAUGCGCGCGGUCCAGCUCGUUGGCCAAGUUCACCCUCUUUGUCCUACUGACGGGCGCCUACUGCUAUCUCUCCUACCUCUCCAUGCCUAGCAGGGUGACCUCCACCCCCUCCCACCGAGCCACCUCACGCGCCAAUCGUACCACCAAAACAAUAAUACACCAUACGACAGAGCAAGCCUACGACUGGACAGAGGUGGAAAUGAAACUAUCUGAACGGAAAGACAGAUUGCAAAACAUCUGCACAAGUGGAGUUGUGCCAGAUCUGAAACCGAAUGCAUGGGAAUUCGUCAUCGACGCCAAACAUGAGCUCAUAUGGUGCAACAUAUUUAAGGCGGCUAGCUCCUCCUGGAUGUAUAAUUUCAACUUAUUAGGUGGCUACCCUGACGCCUACCUCCGCAUGGUAAAGAAGAACCCGAUCACCCUGCUGCGAGCUCGCUUCCCUCGCCCAACCGUCCACCAGCUGGAGACUUCCCUCCCAUCCUCUCUCUCUUUCUUAAUAGUUCGCGACCCCUUUCACCGCCUCCUAUCUGCCUAUCGCGACAAACUGGAAACUGUACAUUCGCCCUACUACCGUCAGUUGGCCAAGGUGAUAGUGGCCCGCUACCGAGCGAAAAGCAGCCGAUACAAGGGUGGUCCGACAUUCGCCGAGUUCGCCAGUUAUGUGGCCGACAGCCGAAAGAGACCUGACGAACACUGGGCGCCGUUCUACAAGUUCUGCACGCCUUGCGCCGUCAACUUCACCGUUAUUGCUAAGCUAGAAACCCUGAACCGCGACCAAAACUACAUAAUACACCGACAAAAGCUGGAGCGAAUACUGACGCCGAACCGGCUCCAGGUGCAAAACCGCUCGCAGGGCGGCCUCCACACCAAAGAUCUCAUCAAAAAGUACUACUCAAAGCUGAGUCGAGCCCUUCUCGACAGACUGGUCGACAUCUACCGGAUCGAUUUCCAACUGUUCGACUAUAACGCCCAAAAGUACUACGAUCUAAUCAAGCCUUAAUACCGAGAUGCCUCUAUUUCAAUCCCAUAGCAAGCCUUCAUUACCUAGUGCAACCAAGUAAACGAACAAUUUAUAAAUAGAACUGUAGUGGAUGAGAAACUAGAAUUUCAGGAACUAAUAAGUGCAGCAAGGGUACAUUUUUUACAGUAGAAAACUUCUUGAUAGAUUAAUAUUGUGAAGUCCACGUUGUAAUGACAGUAUUUGAUCAACAUAUUUGGGUUCAUCUUGCUGAUUCUCUCCCAAUCAUCAAUUUGAUGUUGUGAUUGUAAAAUGAAUUAAAUAAAUAAAUGAAACAUUCCUGUAGCUAACAUUGUCUAUCAUUCGACAAAGCAGAUAGCCCUAUCCUUAUCUAGCUCCACAACGUUCCCAGAUCGUUAACUAAUAUAACUAAUAAACAAAAUAUUAAUCUCAAUUAUGAAUAUUUAUUAUUUAAUCAUUGAAAAAUAUAUUCUCUUCACAAAUAAAUAUAGUUGGUUAUUUUGAACAAGAAUGAACAGUUGAUAUCACAUCAGAUAUACCUUUAUCAGCUAUCUGCUAUAAAAGACAUUGGCAAGGCAGAGAAUCGGCAACGAUGUUUCUCCACUGUCAUUAUAACGUGAACAUCACUAUAGUUCAAUUCCUCUCAAAGCCUUCAACAAAAUUAUCUAGCACACCCAGGAAAAUCAAAUGUAAAAUUUUAUACAGAGUAAAUUAGACCUGUAGUAAAUUAUAAACUGAUCUUUCAACAAUAUUAUUUAGUGCAACAGGAGAAAAAAGCUUAACAUUUUUAUAAAACAGUAGCGGGGGUAUUGGUGGAGCUCAAUUAUAUUCAAAGCCUUCAAUAAAACAUUAUUUAGUCCAUCAAGAGGGAAUGCAAAUGAAUAUUUUGUAAGAAGUAGAAAACUUAUUGGUCGAUGAAUGUCAGUUCCAUUCAACAAUAAUCAAGCCAUCAACAGAAAAUUAUUUUUUGUACCAGGGUAAAUUCGGUUAAUUAGUUUAUAAAGUAACAGUAGUGAAGAAAAUAAGUGGACACAAUAACGUAAUGACUAAAAACAACCAGAACCAAUAAUUGACAUCAAAAAAUUGAAAUAUUUUCAUAAAAACUAAACUGUCGAACACAGAGACAGUAAUAACAUAAUAUUUGAUAAUACGAAUCCUGAUUAAAUUCCAAACAUAUAAAACACUGUUCUGCUGCAAAUGAGAAUCAAAGUGCAGAUUGAUUAUUAAGUUUGAAUGAAACCCACCAAUAUUCAUUGCAGAUAAGAAUCGUAUAGACUCUUAGGGAGUCAUACACAAUAUUUCACGAUGAUUCAAACGUCCAGAGAUAAAUUUAUAGUUUCAAAUUAUCAUUUUUCACAAAUUUUGAGUUUUUAAUUAUUUCAAAUACUAGAUUAAUUGAAUGUAAGUUAUUAAUAAAAACGUAUAAAGCUAACUAAUAUCUCAUUAACCAGGCACAACUUCAAACUAAGACAAUAAUUCCCAAAAUCAAUCUAUGAAAUAUUUUUAUAGCCACAAAAUUAAUAAGGAUAAAACCAGACAUAAUUUUCUCGAAUACCAUAUUUCAAUACUGCUUGUAAUAACCUUCUAACCGCAUUUCCGUUGAUACCCCAAUAUUAAUACUUCAUUAUUACUCCUAACACAUUCUGUGAAAAUCUUCUAUUAAAAUCAAUAAUUUUGAACAUACUUCUAAAAUUACUACAAAUAGCUUUAUCAUAAAUAAUAUAAUAUUUUUAUCAUGGGAGCAAUAAUCAAUUGCAAUAAGCUAUAAAGCUAAUUAGAUUUAAGCACAACUCGUUGAGGAAACAUCUACGCACCUCAUUUAAGCUAAUAAGUAAUGAGCUUAAAUUAAAAAUAAUUUAGCUUAUAAACAUUGCACUUUAUUAAAUAAAUUGAAUUCACUCC